AUGGCAGCACAACACUACCGAAAAGUCGAGCUCCAGUCUCCGGCAGACUUCACCUAUCUCUACGCCAACACAGUGGCCCUCUCGCGACAAAAACUCGACCUCCAUCUCCCCCCUUCAGCAACGGACAAUGAAGCCCCGGAUCCGAUGCGCGAACGCGUCCGGGAACUAGUCGAUGAAUACAUAAACCAGACCUUUGAAUCGGCCUCAAACUCUAUCAGUAUCAAUGGCAUAGACUCCACUUCACCGCAAUUUCCUUUCCCGGCGGCGUUCACCGCGCCAACAGAGCAAGUCGAGUACGAGCCAUACGAUACGGAGCUUGCAUCGCGUGUGACUGCGCUGUAUGCGCAGCUGGAAUCACUCAAUACGACUGUCGCACAGCAGAGACGGGACGCACCGAGACGUGCGGCGAAGCAGUAUGCGGCGCAGUUGAGAAAAAUGAUUGAAGAAGAUGAAGAGGAUGAAGAGGAUUACGAUGAAACCGACGGAAGGGGAGAUGUCGACAAUGAUGCGGAGAUGAGCGGAUCUGCAGAUGCGCCACGCCGGUCAAGUAAUGAGAACAAUACGGAAGCCUCUGGCCAGGAUAACAUGGAGGUGGAUUCUACUCCGAGCGAGAAUGGAUCGGCGCGAACAGGAGCUCAGCUGCACUCGCGUUCUCGUGGAAAGCAGGACCCGUCGUGGACGUUGCAGGCUGCGCUGGGGACGGAAGAGGAACAGGAGCGGUGGAGGAGUGGGGAUAUUGCGGGUGUCUACGAGGAUGCUUUGCGGAUGUUGUUGCGGUUGCAGGGCGAGGCCAAUGUCAGUACUGAGGCUGGUGCAGAGGGUAAUGCAUUGGCAACUACAGUCGGCAAGGCGGAGAGGGCUGGGCGAGCUGCUGAAGUGGUGGAAAAUAUGCAUAAGUGA